CUCUCAAUUCUAGCAGGCGGAUUAGAGUAGUUGUAGUUGAACAUUGGAAGAUGAGACUUGUGAUAGGUGGUUACAGCACAGUGCUGCCCAACAAGUACAGAUGGAAACGGAGCACACCCCCACGUAACUGCAAGGGCUUUUCUCUAUGUCUGUGAGUAGCGUUGGUCAACUGCAUUAGUGAACAGCUGGCAACACGCGUACGUCAUGUCCAACAAGAACCGCACACAGUCCAACGGUGUUUGCCUCAACAACAUUUACUGUACGGUGGGCCGGAUUGAAGUAUGCGAUUUUGCAGUUGUCAGUGAUAGACUGUUGAUUUUGUCCAUGGCCUCUUGUUGAUUGCUCCAUGUCCAUAACGCUGAUUCCUUGGUUAGUGCGUUAAGUGGUUCGGAGAUGUGGCCAGCUUAAAACGGUAUGAAUCCAGCCCAAGUGCGUGGCCAGUCCAAAAACUCCGAAGCUCUUCUUUGUUGGUCGAGUACAACUUCAGAUAGUGCUUUCAUUUUCGGCUAGGAAAUUGGUGCAACACCCCUCAGUAGAGAAGAUGUGACUAAAGAAUUCAACACUAACUGUGUUGAAUUGGCAUUUCGCUUCGUUGAGCGUGGGAUUUUUCUCUGAACGCUGUUGACGUACCAGGUUGUCUCGAUGUUCAUCAGUAAGAAUGUGAUGUUUUAAGCACACCAGGCAAACCAGCCAAUGCAGACUGGAUGAGAUUCUGGACCUGUUCAGCACCACUGUUGAUCCUGAGGUUGAGUCGUUGAAAGAUAACCCAACACGUGUGGAGAAUGUGGUAAUGUGGUAACUUCACAAUGGCAGGAGAUGACUCGGAGGACUCUUCAUCAGUGACAGCAGCUGCAACACGGGAGGAUGUUCUGAAUGUGAUAGCUGUAGCCAGUGCAUUAGGAGCAAUUACACUUGACAUCAGCAGGAAAGGCCUAACACACAUACCAAAUGAAAUCUACCUUCUACAACAUGUGGAGUAUGUCUACCUGGAGGGCAAUGCCAUUAGCCAUGUACCAAGUGAGUUGUUUGACAAACUUUGUAAUAUGAAGUGGUUGGAUUUAAGGAACAACCAAGUACAGGAAUUACCAGCUUCAGUUGGAGAGCACAGAUGUUUGAAGACACUCCUACUUGAAGGAAAUCAGCUAAAAGAACUCCCAUGUGAACUAGGUUUUGUGAAGACGCUUACUGGAUUGAACCUUCAGAGAAAUCCCCUUGAAUUUCCUCCACCCAAAGUUCUAGAGAGAGGAGUGAAGGAGAUACAGCAUUAUCUGAGAGAUGCCCAUGGUAUCAGAGACCCGCGCCUCAUAGCUGCUGAUAUACAGCUUGAGGAUCUACAUCUGAGUGAUUCAGUAAGGAACUCAUCUGAGGGUGAUGAUGAUUACCAUGGCAACCUAAGUAGUGAAGAUGCAGUUAGCAGGCAGAGUAGAAAGUUGAAAUCAGCCAGUCAUCAGUCCAUACAAUCAGUGGAGAGCAACGAGGAUUUAGAAUUCCCGAGACCAACAUCAGUGUCACUGCAUCGUCAUAUGACAUAUGAGGAAUACAGGCAACUUCAGUAUGAAAAGUUUAAAAGAGCUGGGGCACUGGGUGUGCUUGGGAGAGAAAAUGAGAAAGAUGCAUCAUUGAUGUUGUCUGACGUACAUGUAGGCAUCACAGGCAGACAGGUAGCUGGUAGGAAGAUAUACCGACGUAAGAAGAAGAAGAAGGGGCAGAGGAUGAAGACUCCGCCAUGGAUUGAUCCGUUAGAGUCUCGUAUGGCUGAAGAGAAACAACUAGCUAAACUUCGAGAACUUCAACAAAAACAAGCACUUAUUGAGCAACGUAGAAAGGAUCAGCAGUUACUGGAAGAUUGGCGUAGUGAAACCAGAGAAAUGCAGCGGAAACACUACAUACGAGCCAUUAAAAAUGCUCAGCAAGGCAUGCCAUGGAAGUACAAGGAUUUCACUGACCCACUGAAGACGCCGUAUGACACAGAUCCUAACUACAUGAAGAUCUUAUCUAAAGAAGAAAGGAUCAAGCAAGAAGUCAAGAAUAAACAUGAGGCAAUAAAGCAGAGAACUGACCCUGAAGCUGCACAGAAAUUGGAAAAGGCCAGGGCAGAGAGAGAUCGGCAAUUGAUGGAUAGAAUCAAACAACACAAUCUUAAGGUACAGGAGAGGAAACAGCGCCCUCGUGGCAAUCCCCGUGAGGAAAUGGAAGCUGCCCAGAGAGAUCUUAAGAUGGCCAGUGAUCUUCAACGUGAGGUGAACCAUAGACGUUUGGAAUUGGAAUAUAGAUUUCGUGCCUUCACUGGAGAUGCCUCACCCAUUCCUUGAUCACAUUCCUUGAUCUUCACUGCUAGUUUGUGUUUGUGCUUUUUUAACGGUUUUGAAAAUUGUAAUAAUAUUAUAAUAAUGUAUUUAUUGUAGAGUUUGUUCCAUUUUUGGUAUGGAGUGGAGGUACUUUGUGGAGGUUGGGAUUAACUGCAUUGAUGACCAGAUGAACAAAUGUAUGUGUAUAACUAAAUGCCAUUUCAGGUCAGUUUUGAACAUUUUCAAAACUUCAAAGUUGGUUCAAAUUUGACCAUGCAGAAUUUGCUUUUAUUGCUGUUGACAAAUCUGUUGAUACCAUGUUCAUGCUUGAGUGAUAAAAUUUCUAUAUGUAACAUGUUUGCAGUUUCUUACAGGUAUGAGUGUUCUUUGAAAUAGAUUGUUGAUGUAUAAAUAAUGCAUUUGAAGUGUGCCAAUUUACCAACGGAAACCAGCUUUGGUUUUAUUUAAAGAUAGGAUAUGUGCGCCAUAUGUUCCAUUUACAUAUACACUGUAUGUAUGUUAUGCUGAUGGAAUGUUGCUCCCAGAAAGCAACAAGCAUAUACACUGUAUGUACAUGUACAGUACUUGUGUCUGUAAAACCAAGGUGAAACAAAGAGAAGCCUGGAGAAAGUUGAGGUGAACAUGUAUUACUUAUCUUAAUCAAUUCAAACUUCCAUUGUUGGUUCUAUUUGUCCAUUGGUUAACUGUUUAAAAUAAAACCAGACCAUAUAUCAUGGAAUUCUAGUUGCAUACCGAUCCCUGCUUUCCCUUUGCUAUUUUAUGUGUACAAAAUGCAAACUCGCCAUUAACAUUAACAGUGUCCGUUAUAUCAAAUUUGCAAGUGUUUAUUCAUCAGUUCAGUGUGUAUAAAAUAACUGAAGUGAGUAAUACAAAACAGUUUAUUUGAACUCUCAUUAUGCAAAACUGCUUUUACAGAAUCAAUUCAAGCAGACUGACUGCAUCUGAUAUUUAUGCUAGUACAUCUUUAAACUGUUGAAGUGAAAUCUGUUAUAUUCAGUAUUAAAACUCAACAUCAGGAAAUCUUCAAAGAUACACAAAACACUCUUCAGGAUUUAUUUGCAAAACCAGGUAAGUAUGUAUGAAUUUUUGUGUUUACAGUCGUUAAGGAAUAUUCAUAACCGAGUGAAAGGUUUGGAAAUAGUUUCUCAGAGCUACCAUUUGUUUUAGAGCAGGUGGUGUGCAUGUACGAACCUGUACCAGUACCUAAUUCGUAUUUUGCCAAGUGAUGGUGUGUUAUCUGAUCCUCAUAAUAUUAGGAAAUGUACAAGAUGGGUCAAUGUUUUCAGUGUGACAGUGACACCUUCUGGACCUAGUGUGUUGGUGUGCAGGAUUGUGUGUGACUGUGAGUAACUCAUGCAUUGCAUUUGUUGAUGGUUGACAAAUCAAAAUUGAUAGAAAUACAUUGCAAGAGAGGGUUUGAUUGGCUGCCAUCUUGCAGGCCAGUGCUUUUGUUCCACAGGAUAUGCACAAAGGAGGUUUCCCUGUGGAACAAAACUGCUCUGCAAAAUAGCUACUAUGCAAAGCCUCUAUUGUUGUAAAUACAUAGUACGUGUAUGUACAUUUUGCUUUGAAUGUUCAAGUGAAAAGCAGGUCUGAAAGGCACGUGUGCAUGCUCUUGGUAUUUAAACUAGAUACACAAUGGUGGUACAUGUACAUGUAUAUUUCUGCCCCAAAACCCAGCCCAUCUCUGGAUCUGUGUUAGGAGCAUUUUGUUUAACAAGUUCAAGUUUCACGCCACACUGCAUUGCCAUUUGCAGAAUAUCGGCCACUUAAGCUUCUCAUUCAGAAAUGAACUCGGAUUUCCUAAACAUAAUUAUCAUCAUUCAGUCUGACAAUUAUCUAAGGGUUGCUGUUAACAUGAUUAAUUUAAACCCCCAAAGAGCCUCGUUUUAUCGGCCCAUUUCACAGCCAAUAGGCUGUGCCAUGCUCGAUUGUUUUGAAACUUGGCAUGCUUCUAAAAUCACUCUUUAUCCUUACAAAUGUGAACUUUGCACUCAAUCGGACCUUUGGCUUUGUCGUUACGGUCACCUGACGUUCAAGACCACGUGUGGCAGCCCGUGUGCACUGGGGACGGCGCUGGGAAAACGUACACAUUUUGACCGACCUGUAUUGGGAAAAUGGGUGCUGCACAAGGACGAUAUGUUCGAUAUUCAAAAAAAUUGGUGUCAAAAUGACCGUACUCAGAAACAUCUCGAGUACUCUAAUCACAAAACCAUCCAGUAUGAACCACUGUGAACUGAAAUUUGUACAGAUUCCUCCAACGUAAGUACCGCAUUGAGUGACUGCUUGUUUUGUGAUGCUUGCCAUAAAUCAUGGAAGUAUCCUUUGUCCAGGAAUUAAAAAAAAAAAUCCAACGUAUGGAAGCUGACUCAAUGGAUUCCAAUUCCACAGGAAUUCUAUUGCAUUCCAUUUCUUGUGCACUUUUGAUAGAAAAGGUUCUGUUUAUCAAAGCCAGCAAGUGGCCUUGGUAGUUACGCAAGAAUCCAACACUGCUGUGCUCUAAUUGUGGGGUAUUAUUAUUACCUAUUGUGAAGAUUUUGGAGUAAAGGUCUUCCAUGCAAAAUGAAUAAAAAAUGAAUUGGAACCGCCAAGA